AUGGCAUUUUCGUCGAUCCAGCGUCGUCGCCGUGACCUGAGCACGGCUCCUCUCCUCAUCUCGCUCGUCCUGCUCUCAUCUCUCCACGCGGCGAUGGCCUUCCGCUUCUCCGCGGGGCUCCGCGCAGAUAAACUGCGCGGGAUGAUGCGCGGAUGGGCGCAAGGAGGUUCGACCGGCCAGCAGCAACAACAAAGUGGUGGAACGAGCGGAGGAGGAAUGAGCGGAGGCGGAACGGGCGGCGGAAGAAUGGGCGGCGGCGGCAUGGGCGGCGGCGGCAUGGGCGGCGGCGGAAUGGGCGGCGGCGGAAUGGGCGGCGUCGGAAUUGGCGGAGGCGGAAUGGGCGGCGGAGGAAUGGGCGGCGGCGGUAUGGGCGGUGGCGGAAUGAGCGGAGGCGGCAUGGGUGGCGGUGGAAUGGGAGGUGGCGGAAUGGGCGGCGGCGGAAUGGGCGGAGGAAUGGGCGGACCUGGUUCCUCUGCUCCCGGAUCGCAAUCAGCCAUGGGUCCUGGGGGGAACAUGGGUGGCGGCGGAAUGGGCGGCCGCGGCGGCAUGGGUGGCGGCGGAACGGGCGGCGGCAGAAUGGGCGGCAACGGCAUGGGCGGCGGCGGAAUGGGCGGAGGCGGAAUGGGCGGCGGCACCAUGGGUGGCGGCGGAAUGGGCGGCGGAGGAAUGGGCGGCGGCGGUAUGGGCGGAGGCGGCAUGGGCGGCGGUGGAAUGGGCGGUAGCGGCAUGGGAGGAGGCAUGGGCGGACCUGGUUCCUCUGCUCCCGGAUCGCAAUCAGCCAUGGGUCCUGGGGGAAACAUGGGCGGCGGAGGAAUGGGCGGCGGCGGAAUGGGAGGUAGUGGAAUGGGCAGCGGAGGCAUGGGCGGCAUCACCAAAAUAACAGGGACAGUUCGGGGUCAGUGA